GCGGUGGGGGGGAGUGGAGUUCGGUCCCACGGACGGGGCGGGGCGGCCCCUUGCGGGCUUAGGGCGCCGGACCAGCACUAACGCGCCGGCCAGCAAAUCUUUUGUCCCGGGCGGCGCUGAGCCAGCAGGGCUGCGGCCGGCUAUAUAGGGGCCGGCCGCGGGCGGGGCGGGCACACCAUGGCGCAGCGCUCGGGAAAGAUCAUCCUCUAUGAGGGCAAGCACUUCACCGGGAGGAAGCUGGAGGUCUACGGGGACUGUGACAACUUCCAGGACCGAGGCUUUAUGAAUCGGGUGAACUCCAUCCGUGUGGAGAGUGGCGCCUGGGUCUGCUUCGAUCACCCCGACUUCCGGGGUCAGCAAUUUAUCCUGGAGCAUGGAGACUACCCCGACUUCCUCCGCUGGAAUGGUCACAAUGACCACAUGGGCUCCUGCCGCCCCAUAGGAAUGCACGGGGAGAACUUCCGCCUGGAAAUCUUUGAGGGCUGCAACUUCACCGGCCAGUGCCUGGAGUUCCGGGAAGACUGCCCCUUCCUGCAGAGUCAGGGCUGGUCCAAGAACUGUGUCAACGCCAUCAAGGUGUACGGGGACGGAGCGUGGGUCCUGUACGAGGAGCCCAACUACCGCGGCCGCAUGUACCUGGUGGAGCGGGGUGACUUCCGCAACUGCUCCGACUGGGAGGCCCACAACGCGCGCAUCCAGUCGCUCCGCAGAGUGGUCAACUACUUCUAGCCCGCCGGGACCCGGGCAUGCCCGGGGGUCGGGGGCAGCCCCUUCCGCCCCCCCAGCCUAGGGCUCAGACCCUAGGGAAUAAAAAUCAGAGAA